CAUGCCUGCGCACUUAAUGCAGGAGGAGGAGUUCUCCUCCACUUCCAGCGCCACCAGCGUUGGUACUGUCACCUCCCGGGCAACCAGGAAUGGGGAUGCCGUCAUGAAGAAGGACUUACUGGAUCAUGACGACUUGGCAAGAGAGCGGGGCAUGGUAGAUGAUCUCUUCGAUGAGACCUACCAGGAGAAAGAGGGGCCCAAGCCUCCCUUGCGAUACGUCUGGAGGAAUAUCAUCCUCAUGAGCCUGCUGCAUAUAGGGGCCAUAAUUGGAUUGACACUGAUACCUUCUGCAAAGAUCCAGACACUGGCAUGGGCCCUUCUGUGUUUCUUGGUGAGCGCUCUAGGGAUAACUGCUGGAGCUCACCGCCUCUGGAGCCAUCGGACCUACAAAGCCACGCUGCCCCUGCGGAUCUUCUUGGCUAUUGCAAACUCUGUGGCCUUCGAGAAUGAUAUCUACGAGUGGGUCAGGGACCACCGUGUCCAUCACAAGUUCUCUGAGACGGAUGCGGACCCACACAAUGCCAAGCGGGGCUUCUUCUUCUCCCACAUCGGCUGGCUGCUGGUGCGCAAGCACCCGGACGUCAUAGAGAAGGGCCAGAAGCUGGACCUGAGUGACAUAAAGGCUGACAAAGUGGUGAUGUUCCAGCGAAGAUUCUACAAGCCCUCGGUGGUGUUGCUGUGCUUCGUUGCGCCCACUGUAGUGCCCUGGUACUUCUGGAACGAAUCCAUCAUCAUCAGCUUCUUCAUUCCAGCCAUCCUGCGCUACGCUCUAGGGCUCAAUGCCACUUGGCUAGUGAACAGUGCUGCUCAUAUGUAUGGCUACCGGCCGUAUGAUAAGAACAUCAACCCACGGGAGAACCCCCUGGUCAGCCUAGGGGCUCUAGGAGAAGGCUUCCACAACUACCACCACACCUUCCCCUAUGACUACUCUACCAGUGAGUUUGGCUGGCACUUCAACUUAACCACAGCCUUCAUUGACCUCAUGUGCCUCCUGGGGCUGGCCAGUGAUCGCAAGAAGGUCUCCAAGGAGGUCAUCAUGGCUCGGAAAUUGCGGACUGGAGAUGGAAGUCACAAGAGUGGCUGAGUAUCUACUCCCUUUCACACAUACAUCCACACCUCUCCUUCCUCCUGUUUUUCUCCUUUUCCCUUCCUUACCCCUCUGAACACGCUGGACAAAGGUGUAAUGUUCUGUUUACUAACUACUGAAUAAUGCUACCAGUUUGCUUAAGAUAAUGAGUUUUAACUCUCCUCCCAUGAUGUAUUUUACAUGAUGUAUUUAAGAUCUAGGACUCUGCCUUUAUAACACAAGGCCACCCUUUUCCCUCCUCUCCUCCUUUCCAUUCAUUCUUUCAUCGUUCAACCCCAUCUCCCACUUUACAUUGUCCCAGUCUCUCCCUGGCAACAGAACUGGUAGGAAACAGCCCAGGGAAGCCCAUUGUAUCCAGCUAUGUACCAUGAAGUUAAGGGAAGCCUGUACAAGCCUGCACCAGCCUGCUCAAGAGUUGAGCCAAAGUCAGUGACCCUCACUUUGCAACCUUAUCCCCAAAAUCUCUUCUCCUGUCCCUCGUACUUUCUCAUGGGCUGCAGAAAGAUGUGUCAUGGCUAAGCUGUUCUACCCAGGAAAAGCAGCCCAUCCUCUUCCCUUGCCGUCAGGAGUGUUUUCUCUUUCCAAAACGGAAAGUGUUCUUCCACCACACAGCCUCUGGUUGGGAAGAAGAAUGCCCCCAGAUUUUCUCAGAACUCCAGCCAGGCCCACUGGUGGCUGAGGUGGGUCUGGUGGGAGCCUUGGUGGCCUUAUCAUUUCCUCCCUCUGGCAUCAAAGCCUCCCUUCCUGCAUGGUUUGCUGUGCCCCAUGCCACCAGGGACUGAAGGCAGAGCCCAGCUCCAGGCUCCAUAGCCCCUUUGGAGAGCUACAGUAAGGAGGGUCAUAGAUAGAGGGGUGUGUCACUGGCUGGUGUGGGGCAGUACCACUCCAGGGUGGUUUUGUUCACCGCCACCGAUGAAAUUUUUGUCAUCAAACAGGACUUUGCCAAAAUGGAGAGGGGUAGAAAAAUGUAAACCAAAGCUGUACCACUGAGUUAAGCUGCUUUAUGUGCUGGAGGAAGAGGGUCCUCGCUGGGUGGCAGGCAGGCAGAUAUCUUGGUGUCCAUGUCUGCCCUUUAGAUCCACAUUCUGUGCUGAGUGCAGAGACAAGGCAAGGGGUAUACCUGCAGGGUGAGGAUGUCUGCAGGAGCAGUCUCUUCAUCCUCAGGGGCUCUGCUCAGGCAAUUAAGUGCUUGAGAGGCACAGAGGCAGAGCCAGGCAGCACCAGAAGCCUGAGGAAGUCGAGACCUCCAAAGAUGAUAUACUGCUGCCUGUAUAGCCUGGGGUCCACCAGGGUGGUUUGCCAUUCCCUGCUCCUGUGAUGGAGCAUGAAGGGGAGUGAAAGCAGGUCCACAUUAGUUCCUUAGCUUGUCUCCCCACC